AACACAAAUGCUUCACUCUGUCGGGAGUUACGGUAUGAUUUCGGGAUGGACCGAAAAGCUUGCUCCUGAAGGUUAGCAGAGCCCGUCUAUUAGACAUUCUCUAAGAGUAAACACUGCGGUGUGACCAUGGUAGUAACCGUGCAAAGACAUGGACACAGACAGCCCAGAUGAAUUGCUCUCAGAGUUCAGAGAAAGGCGUCUGGGUGUUUGGGGUGUCCUGCAGGUCACUGCUGGAACAGGAUUAGCUGUUUAUGGCAUGUGGGCUGGGAUCCUCAUGCCAGGGUUCCGCAAAGUUCCUUUAAAAUUGCAGGUGCCUUACUUGCCAGCUAGCAGGGCGCAAGUGCGGAAUGUGAUGACAUUGCUACAUGGAAGAUCUGGAGGUGUGGCUGAUCUAGGCUCUGGAGAUGGAAGGAUUGUACUGGAAGCCUAUAAAACGGGGUUUUCUCCUGCUAUUGGCUAUGAGUUGAAUCCUUGGCUCGUGCGGCUGGCUAACUUUCAUGCAUGGAGAGCAGGGUACUCUGGGAAGGUAUUCUAUCGCCGGGAGGAUUUAUGGAAGGUUGAUCUCUCUGGAUGUAAGAAUGUCACAGUUUUUCUGGCUCCAAGUGUACUCACUCUUCUGCAGGAGAAAUUACUGGCAGAACUUCCUGAUGAUGCCUUGGUUGUUGCUGGCCGCUUCCCUUUCCGUGAUUGGACACCAUUUCGAGUGGAGGGAGAGGGUGUUGACCGGGCCUGGGCUUAUAAUAUGCAAGCCUUAAGACAACACAUACCCGGAGAGGACAAAAACUCUUUACAGUCCUGAAGCAGAAGAUGAAUCUAGUGUCAGCUUCUGUAUAAAUAGGAUGUAUAUCAGCUUGUCACGGAUCAAUGUAACAACAGAUUGCUAACAUCCAGCAAUAAUGGAAUGUAGUAGGUCACAGAGCAUGAGGCAGUUGUUUGAAGUUUUAAGUCAGAAUUUGUGCAAGCAAACAGAGUUAUGACACUUCCACUAGUUCUCUUUUCCUCUGAAAUUAAUUGUCAGCCAAAUGUGAGCUCUUUUAUUGGUUGUUUUCAAGCAUGUUUUAUAAUUAUUCAGUAAAUAUAUUUAUUAACUUUUAUCAGUCUUUUAGAAUGAACUGUUAGAACCUAUGGUGUUUUCGGAUACGUUGAGUUUCAUUUUAGGAUACAUGUGGUGCCUUGCCUUUGACACUGUGCCUGCAAUCUUGGGUUAGCCACUUCCUCUGAGACAACAGAGGACUCAGAAAAACGAGCAAAAAAUGGAGCACAGUCAAAACUGUACAUGUUAUAAUGUUUGUAUCUUUCUUAAAAAAAAAAACCCCUCCAGUCUGAUGUGAAAAGUGGCCAAUAAAAUAUGUCUCUCGAUGUGGGAAAUUAAAA